AGAAGAAAGGAAGGAAGUGUGUAGAAAAAUUGGUAGGUUUAUGUAUUCAAAAGGUCUCCCAUUCAACACUGUGAAUGAUCCUUAUUGGUUUCCUAUGAUAGAUGCUGUUGCAAACUUUGGGCCCGGGUUUAAGCCUCCAUCUAUGCACGAAUUGAGGACAUGGAUUCUUAAAGAAGAGGUGAAUGACCUAAGUAUCAUUAUGGAAGAUCACAAAAAAGCUUGGAAACAAUAUGGAUGUUCAAUUAUGUCAGAUGGUUGGACAGAUGGAAAAAGUAGGUGUCUUAUCAAUUUUUUGGUGAAUAGUCCUGCUGGCACUUGGUUUAUGAAAUCAAUUGAUGCUUCUGAUACAAUAAAAAAUGGGGAAUUGAUGUUCAAAUAUCUUGAUGAGGUGGUUGAAGAAAUUGGAGAGGAGAAUGUUGUGCAAGUCAUCACUGAUAAUGCCUCUAAUUAUGUGAAUGCUGGAAUGAGGCUUAUGGAAAAAAGGAGUAGAUUGUGGUGGACUCCUUGUGCUGCUCAUUGCAUUGAUUUGAUGUUGGAGGAUAUUGGAAAGCUAAAUGUUCAUGCUACUACACUUUCUCGAGCUAGGCAAGUUGUGAAGUUUAUAUAUGGGCAUACUUGGGUUCUUAGCUUGAUGAGAACAUUUACAAAAAAUCAUGAACUUAUUCGUCCAGCAAUUACACGGUUUGCUACUGCAUUUCUUACUCUCCAAAGUAUUUAUAAGCAAAAGCAAGCUCUUAUAGCAAUGUUCUCCUCAGAAAAAUGGUGUUCAAGCACAUGGGCUAAAAAGGUAGAAGGUGUGAAAACUCGAAGUACAGUGUUGUUUGAUCCAAAUUUUUGGCCUCAUGUUGCUUUUUGCAUAAAGACCACUGUUCCAUUAGUUAAUGUCUUGAGAGAGGUUGAUUCAGAGGAAAGACCAGCCAUGGGUUAUAUUUAUGAGUUGAUGGAUUCAGCUAAGGAGAAGAUUGCAUUUAAUUGUGGGGGCAUGGAGAGAAAAUAUGGCCCAAUUUGGAGAAAAAUUGAUGCAAGAUGGACUCCGCAACUUCAUCGACCUUUACAUGCAGCAGGCUAUUAUCUUAAUCCUCAAUUGAGGUAUGGAGAUAAGUUCUCUAAUGUUGAUGAGGUGAGGAAGGGAUUAUUUGAAUGCAUGGAUAGGAUGUUGGAUUAUCAAGAACGUUUAAAAGCUGACAUUCAGUUGGACUCAUAUGACCAAGCAAUGGGUGAAUUUGGGAGUCGUAUUGCAAUUGAUUCUCGAACAUUAAGAAGUCCUAUAAGUUGGUGGAUGCGUUUUGGGGGUUCAACACCGGAGUUGCAAAAGUUUGCUAUUCGAGUCCUUAGCCUUACUUGUAGUGCUUCGGGAUGUGAAAGAAAUUGGAGCACAUUUGAAUCGAUCCAUACAAAAAAAAGAAAUAGACUUGAACAUCAAAUGUUGAAUGCUCUAGUGUAUGUAAGGUACAACACUAGAUUGAGAGAGCGAAGUCUACAAAGGAAACAAAAUGUUGAUCCAAUCUUGGUAGAGGAGAUUGAUUCUGAUGAUGAAUGGAUUGCGGAGAAAGAAGAUCCCCUCCUCCCCCUUGAUCUUUGUUGGCUUCAAGAUAAUGAAUUAUUCAAUGUUGAUGCCAUUAGAGUUGUGUCAUCCAACUCCCAAGAAACGCAAACAUCAUCGGAUCAUAUGGUUUCUUCACAUUCCUACAAAAGGAAACAUAAUGAAGUACCAAGUACAAGUGGAGGCAAAGGCAAAGAGAAGGAAUUGAAUUUGACACCAAUUGAUGAAGAUGAAGAUUUAGAUGAAAUGGGGAUACAUGAUAGUGGACAUUUUCCUACUAUUGAUACAUUGGAUGAGGAUGAUGAUGACCUUGGAGAGGAGGAUUUAAGUUGAAACAAUUUACUCUAGUUGUUAUUUCAUGACUUAGUUAUGGAUUUUUUGUAAAAGUUUAGAACUAUUAUUAUGGUUGACUCUAUUUUCUAUUUCAUGACUUAGUUUUGGCUUUUUGUUAAAGUUUGAAACUAUUAGUAUAGUUGAAUCUAUAAUCUAUUUUAUGAA